GUUGUGCGGAAAGCCUCAUUUGAUUGUGUGCGGCCACCUACAAUUUAUUGCUUUGUGUUUGCGCCUCUUUCCGCACAGCCUGAAUAUACGGGCACUUGGUUUACGGAGAAAUAGCGAGGUUUGUUCAGCUACGGACGGCGCUGGGGAUUGUAAACAGCGAGCAGCAGUGUGGAGCGAAGAUCGACAAGUCGGACCAAUCGAUUGCACUAAUCGGCGGCGGCGUGUGACACAGAUCUGAGGACCGGACAUGUCUUCUAAAGAAAGGCAGAAAGCCAAGCUGACCAAGGAGAGCGUUACCCUGUUGCCUUGCUUCUAUUUCGUGGAGCUGCCAAUACUGGCCUCCUCAAUUGUCAGUCUAUAUUUCCUGGAGCUCACAGAUGUCUUCAAACCCGUUCGCUCAGGCUUCAACUGCCAUGACAGGACACUCAGCAUGCCGUAUAUUGAACCCUCUCAGGAAAUCAUCCCCUUUCUCAUGCUGCUUAGCUUGGCGUUUGCUGGACCUGCAGCCAUGAUUAUGAUAGGUGAAGGUAUUCUUUACUGUUGUCUGACAAAAAGAAGAAAUGGAAUAGUAACCGAGGCGAACAUCAACGCUGGAGGCUGUAACUUCAACUCAUUCCUCCGACGUGCCGUCAGAUUUGUUGGAGUUCAUGUGUUUGGCCUUUGUGCCACUGCUCUCAUCACUGACAUUAUUCAGCUGUCAACCGGGUACCAUGCCCCAUAUUUUCUUACAGUGUGUAAGCCUAAUUAUACAUCGCUAAAUACCUCCUGUGAAGAAAAUCCAUACGUUGUGGAAGAUAUCUGCACAGGAUCUGAUCCUUCCAUCAUUAACGCUGGCAGGAAAUCGUUUCCAUCACAGCACGCCACACUUGCAGCCUUUGCAGCUGUAUAUGUUUCAAUGUAUUUUAAUGCAACACUGACUGACUCUUCCAAACUCCUCAAGCCACUCCUGGUCUUCACCUUUAUCAUAUGUGCAGUCAUCUCUGGUUUAACACGUAUUAUCCAGUACAAGAAUCAUCCAAUAGAUGUUUACUGUGGAUUCAUGAUAGGAGGAGGAAUCGCAGUCUACUUGGGUCUUUAUGCUGUAAGUAAUUUCCAGCCUAGUGAUGACGGUUUAUCCCACCAAACCUAUCACAGAGAACCCUUGAGAUCACUGACAGACCUCAGCCAGGAAAGCAGCAGACAGCUCCAAGGAAAAACUCCCAGUAGCAUUGAUGGAAUUUCCUCACACCAUUCCGAAAGUAUUCUUAAUCGAAACCACAGGGAGUCCAGCUCCCUUACUAACCUGAAGAGAACAAGUGCUGAAGUUGAGGUCAUUACCCCUCGCAGUCCAAUGGCAAAGGAGAAUAUGGUGACCUUUAGUAAUACUCUGCCUCGUGUCCACACAUCAUCAAUGGAUGAGGCGGCAAGAAGGAAUGCAUCAAUUCAUGCAUCCAUGGACUCAGCCCGAUCAAAACAACUCCUGUCACAGUGGAAAUCCAAGAAUGAAAGUCGGAAACUGUCCCUGCAGGUUAUGGAGACAGAGACAGGUCACUCACCACCAAAGUCCAUUGAGAUGCGAUCCAGCUCAGAGCCAGCAGGGGUAGGUCUCAAUGGAGACCAACAAUCCCAACUCACUCAGUAUCUGAAGAUGCAAGCCGGUACUAUUCCAGGAAGCAACAACACCAGCAACAUCGGUGGUGGAGCACGAGUCUGCAUGCAGUCACGGCCUGGUUCGUCGCAGCUCGUCCACAUACCCGAGGAAACGCAAGAGAACAUAAGUACUUCUCCAAAAGCCAGUUCGGCAAGAUCAAAGUGGCUGAAGGUAGCUGAGAAGAGUGGGGUUGGCAGGGCAAGCACCCAGCCAAGAAUUAUGCAAGUUAUUGCUAUGUCCAAGCAGCAAGGAAUGCUGCAGAGCAGUCCAAAGAGCACAGAUAGUAGCACAGUCAGCUGCACAGGAUCUAUAAGGUACAAAGCUUUAACCGACCAUGAGCCGACUAAUAUUGUAAGGGUGGAAGCUCACCCAGAGAACAACAGACCCCUGGUCCAUGUACCUUCAGGCAGUGAGGAGAGCGGUUCGUGGAAGUGGAAGGCCAGUGAAAAGAGUAGUCUCCGCCAAGCAUUCGAGUUAAAUGACCUUAAUAGGGACUCUGAGAGCAGUGAUUCACUGAAAGAUAGCUUUGCCUCAUCCGACAGAAAGAAAACCAAUCCAGACAUUGGUGAGCACCAUCACCACGGAAUCACCACCAUUCGGGUGACACCAGUGGAAGGAAGUGAAGCUGCCUCGGAGACGCUCUCAGUGUCCUCCAGUCGGGACUCAACCCUCAGGCGGAAAGCUAACAUCAUUUUAAUACCCGAAAGAGGAAACAGCCCAGAAAACACAAGGAACAUCUUCUACAAGGGAACAUCACCCACUAGAGCCUAUAAAGAGUGAAUGUUUACCCUGGAAGCCUGCUGAAAGACAAUCCUUUCAAGAGAGAUGAAGAAUAUCUCUACUUAAUGAUAACAAAUACAGCCAUUUUAAUGUGCCAUUCAGCUGUAAAAUGAAUUAAAAUGUUGCCAAUAGUUAAACAUCUUUGCAUGAAUAAGUUAUUUUUACAUCCUAAUCAAAAGCACAUGGGCAUAGCCUGAGCCUUGUGGAUAAAAAGUACUUGCUAUGUUGCUAUUUCAAUAAACUGUGAAUGCAUUUUCUCCCAUAUUGAACAUCAUUCAUAUAUUGAUCAAAUGAUAAAUUUUCAGUUAGCUUUUGCUGUAUAGCCAUAGUCUGUAAUGGACAAUUUAGAAUUUCUCUCCUGACUACUGCUCUAGAUGGAAAUUGCAUAUCUAACAGUUAUUAUGAAUUUUGCCACUUUUUAUGUGUUGAAAUGUUACUGAAGUUACAAUGGUUACUUGGUUGACAGUAAAUGACACUUUUAAUUCCAGAAGUAUCUUCAAAGGGAUCACAUAGAUAAUAAAACCAUGUAGCCUUUAUGGAAAUUACACGCAAAGUGUAUUUGAAUACAUACAAAUAUACACCACAUAUAAUACAAAUAAUAGAUUUUUCUCACGGAAUGUAAACUGGACAGUAAUUGAUAACUGACAAUGAUUUAUAUCAUAGAUUUUUUAUACUUAUUGUAGCCUUAGCAUAUUGAUAUAUGCCUUUGAAGAAAAUGUUUUUUAAGUGAUUAAAGACUGCAUCCUUUUUUGUAAGCUUACAUAGCUAGUACUUCAAAACUAUUAAAAUAUAUAUAAAAUAUGCCUUUAAUCAUGUGGUACAGGCUUUGUACCAAUGUCUUUUUACAUUAACUAAUGAAUGCAAGUGUCCAAUACAACCGUGUUUUACAACCUUUUCUCCCUCAAGUGGUGUAUAAACCUGUAUAAUCCUACUGAUUUGCUACAGGAAAGUGUUUUGUUAUUUAUUACUAGAUCCAUAUGGAUAGAAAGAUGUGCAGCUUUUAUUAGGUAUUUGUUGUUUUGAAUACAGCUUAAAUAUAGGAAGUUAACAAUCUUUCAAGCAGAAACUCAAGUAUUAUGAUAUCAACCUUGUUCUUUAGUAUCUUUGUUAAACUUUUGUUAGAAUAAUGACUUUUAAGGAAUCGUCAUAUUUCAAAGAGCCCUUGGCUUGAAUGAUUCCAGUGAAUAAAGUGAAAACAUUCUUCUUAUCGCAUAAUGAUAUAGUUAUGUUUUAUUACAGUUGUUAUUUACAAUGGAAGUGUACUGUUCCUGGUACUGUACAAGUGGCUGUAACACUUUGGAUAAUGGGGAAAAUAUCCAAGCAACUGCAUGUAUUUUUAAAGUAUCACCUGUAAAAAAACGAAACUUUAUUUUCACUGCAACCAGUACAUUAAAUAUUUAUUAUGGAAUUAUUUAACAAAUCAUUGUAUAGAAUCACUAGUUGGUACAGACUGUGAUACCUUGUUGAAGAUUGUUACUUGCCCAGUAAAAUUAUAUUUAAGUGGUUUGUGCGUUAAAAAGAAAACCAUUUAACCGAGGUAUGCACAGAUGUAUAUAUUUGCCUAUGUGCUUAAAAUGUCCUGUUAACUAUUUUUUCAUAAAGUGUUUUAAAAGUGGGCACUAGAUCAGUAAGUGAACAUAAGACAUAACUUUGUGCAAGUUCCUAAAUUGUGCUAUACAAGAGUCUUGUGGAAACAGACCAAGGUCGGGGCUGAUUUCUCUUAAAAGUAAAUCAGUGGCACUAUUAUCUUGUGUGAGAUUUCAGCCACACUUAAGCAACAUAUUUCUUGUAAGUUAAUUUACAGAAUAAAUGU